GUUAGUUCAUCUGUCAUCGGUUUGUGUGUCACUCGAAGUUUUGUGUAUUUUCUUGUUUUCAGUGCUUUUUUCCAUCAAAAAUCCACAAAAUAGUUAUGACAACAUCAAAAUCACCCUAAAGAAACCCUACAAUUGAGACUGAAGAAUUUUAAUAUAUUUUCGAUAAUGGAGUUAUCGCAUAGUUUAACUUUAAACGAAGAAGCUCUAGCCCAGAUACCUCCCGCUAAGAGACCCGUUUUUAUAUUCGAAUGGCUUCGAUUUUUAGACAAAGUUUUAGUGGCGGCACAAAAGAACGACAUCAAAGGCUGUCAGAAGAAAUUAGUGGAACAACUAAUGAACCACAUUCAAGAAUCUCCGGGGCCUCCAACUCGCAAAUUAAUAGCUCGUUCUCUCGCCACCCUUUUUUCAGUUGGUGACACAUUUUUGCUUUUCGACACGGUGAAUAAAUGCAACGAUAUCUUGAAGAACAAAGACGACUCUCCGAGCUUCCUUCCGACGAGAUUGGCGGCGAUUUGUUGCGUAGGAACCAUGUAUGAGAAAUUGGGACGCAUGAUGGGUCGUUCGUACGAGGAAACCGUGCAAAUUCUGACGCGGUCACUCCGAAGUGCUGAGUCUCAAAUUCGAAUAGAAAUCAUGUUGACGCUGGAGAAGGUGUGCGCUGGUAUGGGUAGCGCGAUAUCGAAUGUUCACAAAGACAUUUAUAAAGCGGCGAGACACUGCUUGAUUGAUAGGGUGAUGGCGGUGAGAUGUGCUGCGACUAGGUGUCUUUUGGAAAUGUUAAACCAUGCACCCUUUCUCUACACUAGCGAAUUGGAGAGUUUAGCGACUUUGUGUUUUCGGGCUUUCGAUGGUUCCAACUACGAGGUGAGAUGUGCAGUCGCUAAACUCCUCGGUGCUUUAAUCGCCAUGACGCAAAACCAGAAACCCGAAAAGACAUGUAAGAAUAUCAUCGUACCCUCGCUCGCUUGCGAUAACAAUCGGAUUUCAGCGCAACUCAAGGGUUUGAAACUAGUUUCCCUAGACGAAGCUUUAGGUAUUCUAAUGUCAGGGUUCUUGCGCGGAGGUGUGGGUUUCCUCAAAGGAACCGGCGAGAUUAUCAAGGGUAGUUCCAGUGUCAACCGGGAGGUCCGAGUCGGAGUAACUCACGCGUAUGUUAUUUUCGUGCAAAUUCUGGGAAGCGUUUGGCUCGAAAGGAACAUCAAAGCUUUCCUUUCACACAUCUUGUACUUAGUGGCCAAUCCGAAAGCGGCUUCUUCGCAUGUCGAUGCCGUUUACUCAAGGAAGUGUAUAAAUUUUAUAUUGAGGAGCGUCUUGGGGAAAAUGCUGGGAGAGAAAGCACAAACGUCCGCUUGCAAAGAAAUCGCUCAGAUCAUUGUUAAAGAAAUGAACUCGAUCGAUUUUAAUCCCGAGAACGCUAAAGAUUUCAACCAAGAAACGCUUUUCAGUCAGCAUCUCCUAGUCUGUGCCUUGCAGGAAAUUGGUUGUUUAGUUUUAAGUUUAGGAACUACGGCGCACGAUCUUAUCACGGAUCAAACCCUAAAUUUAAUUGAUGCCACCGUCAGUGUUUUGAUCCAUCCUUGUCAAGCCGCCCGACUUGCGGCCGCUUGGUGUUUACGUUGCAUCUGCGUGGCUGUCCCCAGUCAAAUAACACCGUUGAUAGACCGUUGCGUUACCGGAAUCGAAGAAUAUAGAACGUCUCCGGAAGCUAUAGCCGGAUAUAGUGGCGCUUUAGCCGCAGUUCUUGGAGGGGUGAACCUUUCGCCGCUUGGUGUCCCUCACACUAAAGGCAAAAUCAUUUUCAAUACCGCGGAAGAGUUAUUACGAAGCGCGAGCCAAAAUAGUCGCUUGUCCCUCAACAGGACCCAAGCUGGAUGGCUUUUGAUUGGUGCUAUAAUGACGUUGGGGGUACCCGUCGUACGAGGAUUGUUACCACGGAUGCUACUCCUAUGGCGAAACUCAUUCCCCAGAUCUACGAAAGAACUGGACUCGGAAAAGGCUCGGGGAGACGCUUUUACGUGGCAAGUUACCCUAGAGGGACGAGCAGGGGCGCUCUCGGCCAUGCAUAGCUUCCUGCAACAUUGUCAUGAAUUGGUUACUGAUGACAUUAAUAGAAGGUUACUAGCUCCUAUAGAAUCUGCCUUAGCCAUGUUAACGAACAUAUCAACUAUAUUAAAGAGCUACGGCCAACAACUGAAGGCUCCGGCUGCCAUGGUACGCUUACGUUUAUACGAGACUCUUCUGUUGCUUCCACCACAAUCUUUCGAAAAUUCCUAUACUCAUCUCCUGAGGAUGUUAGUGGCCGAAUUCACUCUUACCGAGAACCAAGCGAACACAACCACGUCCCAAAUGCGAACUGUGUGCCAUGCCGACGAUUCCGUGAUUCUGGGAACGUGGCUACAAGAAACCGACCAUCGAACUAUCGAAGAUCAGAUGGAGCCUAAUCGAAGGGCUGACGGUGAACAUUUGCAGCCGAACAGCGCUGCCGGAUCGGGGGCCCUGGAACACGACCCGUGUUGCCUCUACCGCCAAAUCUCGAUGGUAUUCUUAGAACCCUUACGUCAUUCACAAACGAAAGGUAUUGUGUUACAGGGCGAGACAAUCCCAGGACCUUUACCGCUAGGGGUCGCCGUCAUCGACAUGUCCGUGCUUCUCUUCGGGCAAAUCUUCCCCAGGGUCGCGAAUAAACACCGCGUUCAAAUGAUAGACCACUUCGCCGAGUGUAUCAAACACGCCAAAAGCUCCCGCCAAGAGGCUGUUCAGAUGAAUGUUUUCACCGCAUUGUUGAGCGGCUUGAAAGGUUUGACGGAGGCGAAAAUGAGCAUCGGACAAGAAGAUGUCAAAAAAGCAGUGGCUAAUCUUAUAAUCGGGGCUUUGACUUCGCCGAACCCGAUUCUGCGGUGCGCGGCUGGUGAAGCUGUGGGUCGCAUGGCGCAAGUGGUGUCCGACCCGAAAUUCACAGCUGAGCUUGCGCAGACGAGCUUCGACCGACUUAAGUCAGCCCGGGAUGUAGCUAGUCGGACUGGACACUCUCUGGCUCUUGGGUGCCUGCACCGGUACGUCGGCGGAAUGGGUUCCAGUCAACACUUGAACACCAGCGUUUCUAUCCUUCUGGCACUAGCGCAAGAUCAAACGUCUCCGGUGGUACAAGUGUGGUCCUUGCACGCUCUAGCCCUAAUAGCGGAUUCCGGAGGUCCGAUGUUUCGGGGUUACGUGGAACCGAGUCUUUCUCUAGCGCUGAAACUACUACUAAACGUACCGCAGUCAUACAUAGACGUGCACCAAUGCAUCGGAAAGGUUCUAUCAGCGUUGAUUACUACAAUCGGACCGGAGCUACAAGGAAACACGUCUAGUAUAUGCAUGGCCCGAUCUUCGUUCUUAUGCGCUUGUGCGAUAAUGCAAGACCACCAAGAUCCUUUAGUGCAAGCGGAAGCCACUGGUUGUCUGCAACAACUACACUUGUUUGCUCCCCGCCAUGUUAAUUUGUCGUCGCUAGUGCCAACGUUAUGCCGGACGCUAUCCAGUAACCAUCUACUACUAAGAAAGGCGGCUAUCUCGUGUCUGCGUCAGUUAGCACAACGAGAAGCCAAAGAAGUAUGUGAACACGCAAUGACUUUUGCUAGUGAAAGUCGCGACAAUAACACAGUCGAGGGGUUACUCAUCACGGAAACCGGUCUUCCAGGGGUAUUUUUCAGUAUGCUUGACACAGAAACGGACGCCGCUUUGAUUAAGGAUAUCCACGACACGUUGAUUAGUAUGCUGCAGAUGCUAGCCGCCGAUAAUUUAUCCCAGUGGUUGGGUUUAUGCAAGGACGUUCUUACUAUAGCUACAGAUAGUACAAACAUGGAGGAUGGUCAGAGCGUGUCCACGAACGACGCAGACGAAAACGACGAACCCGAAGCGGACGACGACCAAGCCGAAUUCCACGCGGAAGAAGACUCAUCUACUCAUCCCGCGGUUCAACCAAGAUGGCCGACGCGCGUGUUUGCCGCUGAGUGCGUCCGCAAGAUAAUCACAGCGUGUGAAAGCAGCGGCAACAAAAUCACCCACUUCGACUUAAUACAAGCUAAAGAGAUGCAAUUAAACAAGGGGAAGACCGACUUUCUAGUUUUGCAUUUGUCGGAGUUGAUCCGGAUGGCGUUUAUUGCUGCUACUAGCGACUCGGAUCCGCUGCGAUUGGAAGGAUUAAAGACCCUCCAAGACAUAAUCGAGAAGUUCUCCAAAGUACCUGAGCCGGAAUUUCCCGGUCAUUUGCUACUAGAGCAAUUUCAAGCGCAAGUUGGGGCUGCUUUAAGACCGGCUUUCGCUCCGGAUACCUCUUCGCAUGUUACCGCAGCCGCAUGUGAGGUGUGCUCGACUUGGAUUGGCUCGAAUGUGGCGCGAGAUUUAAACGAUUUGCGUCGGGUGCAUCAGUUGUUGGUGUCGUCGUUGACUAAGUUGCAGAAUAAGACGAAUACGACGCAGUUGUAUAACGAGAGUUUGGCGACGUUGGAGAAGUUGGCGAUUUUGAAGGCUUGGGCGGAGGUGUAUAUUGUGGCUAUGAAGGGUAAUGAGAGUAAUACGGCGCUUGAAUUAGUGACGACUGUCAACGAUAACGAUGAUGAAUUCGGAGAUUUUGAGUAUAAGGGUGAGAACUUAUUAACGCUGGUUCAACCAGAACUAGUUAGUUUGUCUCGGCAUUGGUUGGCGGCUUUAAAAGAUCACGCUUUAUUGUCGCUGCCGGCGGAAUUCGCUAGUCAAUUACCGCACGAUGGAGGGGCUUUUUAUACAAAUGAUACUAUGGAGUCUUCAAGGCCGCAUUAUAUGGCUUCGUGGCCACCGAUUUUACACGCAGCUGCGUUGUGGCUUAAUUCGGGAGGUUUUGAUAAACUUUGCAGCGAAAGAGACAACAACGAUAAUGCCAAUAAUAAUGCUGUUGAUAGUUGUGGCGAUAAGUUCCAUCUCUUGUUCGGGAUUUGCAUGGAGGCCCUGUGUAGUCCCCGAUCGAUAGAACCCUUAGAAAGCAUAAUCACUUGUUUGAAAGCUUUAUAUACUUUGUUGGAUUCUACGUACGCUAGAGAGCUGAUCUUAGUUGAUAACUCUCUAGGGAUUGAGCUUUGUAACGUCUUACACCGCCUUAUUUUGACGAGAGAUAACCAUACAUGUCAGUUGUUAUGUAUGGAAGUUCUCAAACAAGUAAUUAAAGCGGCACAAGAGAAGCUAGAAAAGGAGAAAAAGAACAAACUUAACGAAAUUUCGAGCAACAACCAACAGGAAAGCUCGACUGCAGAUAUCGAUUUGUUGGGUGAAGGAGGUGAAUGCGGCGACAUUUUACCCGGCAAAUCUUUAGUUUUCUCGGUGCUAGAAGUAUGUUUGUGCCUCCUCGUCCGCCAAUUACCGUCUCUUAGCCCAUCACCAAACUCCACAAUAGUCAAUUCUUUGCGUAUCAUGCAAACACCAGACGAAUCAGGUCGUUUAAUCGCCGCUUCGUUAUCCUGUAUGGAAAACUUACACAAACUGUGCUCCCCACAAGGUGCCAUUUCUAUUCUACCCACAGUCCUAUAUCUAACAACCGGAGUAAUCAAAGAAAUGGCCACUAAAAACAUUAACGACGUCACAAUCCUCGCCAACAAUGCAUCCGUUCAAGCUGCACUACACUGCUUGAAAAUCCUAGCAACCGACCGAUAUUGCAACGACCCAAGAAGCUGUGAUACUUGGCAAAAGCUCCUACAAAGCGCUCUUGCUAAAAUCAUCGAUUUAGCGAAAACCGGAAGCGACGAAACCAAAUUAGACGAAGUCACAAUGAUGUUGGCUAUCGCCGUCUUUGUCUUGCACGCACCUUCAAGAGUAGUCACUGCACCGAACUUGCAAUACCCGUGUAUAAAUCACUUCAGGCAGUGUUUGCAAAACUCCAAUUCCACGGUGAGGUUGAAAUGUGUGCAAACUUUGAAGUCCUUAUUUUCGCAUCCGGACCGAGCCGUCGCUACACCUUACAUUCACACGCUGGCACCACGACUCGUAGAAUUUUUGUACUCGGACGCCGCGAGGAAUAUUUUUUCGGAUGGAGAGCUUUUAGUUACCUUAGAAACUAUAGUUGCCGUGGAAUCGCUGAUUGAGUUAGCGGAACCACAAAAUCGAGAUAUAAUGCAAGGAAUUCAAAUGCUCACACUGUUGGUUCCAAUAUUGAUUAGUUAUUUACUGGAAGGUCAAGCACUGAGGUCAGCGAAUAAAUACUCAUUAAAUCUCCACGAAAUCAGUUUACAAAGGCUAAUGAAAAUUGGACCAAAGUAUCCCCAGGAAUUCAAGAAAUUGAUGAGCCAAACUAGUGAUCUUCGAACGAAAUUAGAAAGUGCUAUUAGAUCCAAACAACAAAAUCACAUAAAAAUCAAGAAUGGAGUGAACGUGAAUAAACCAAUAGCGAAUCAUCAUCCUUCGAUUAAGUUGAAGACCGACUUUAGUAACUUUUCUUAAAUUGCUUUCAAUAUUUUACUUAAAAUAUGUGAUUCCGAAAGUUGCAAUUUGUUUUUUACUUCCAUAUUGAGCUUUUAAUAUAUUAAUUUUUUAUUUAUUUUGAUAUUUAUUGAUUGAUAUGUAACUAAAUGUUUAGAUUAUUGUAGACAUCCUAAGUGUUCUAUUUAUCAUAGAUGUCGCAAUUGAACGACUGAAAUGUUUAGAUGCAGAGACCAACUUAUUUAUAAAAUUCCUAUACGAUUCAAUUGAUUUCUACAAGUACACUGUAGAAUAGGUGAAUGUACUGAAAUGGUAAAAUAGAACAAAGGCAAAAGUAUUUA